UUCUUCUUCUUAGCACAUGCGCUUUUGUUAUCAAUUAUUAAAAAAAUAAAAUUCCGGGAAAGUUCAACUUCGUCUUUAUAGUAUAAGUAUGGGACGUUUAAUUCUGGAGCACACCUUGCAAGGCCACAAGGGACGGAUUUGGGGAGUGGCCUGGCAUCCGAAAGGGAACGUUUUCGCCUCUUGCGGCGAAGACAAAGCCAUCCGCGUUUGGUCUCUGUCGGGGAAUACUUGGAGCACAAAGACAAUUCUCUCGGACGGACACAAGCGCACCAUACGCGAGAUACGCUGGUCGCCGUGCGGCCAGUUCUUGGCAUCGGCCAGCUUUGAUGCCACCACAGCGAUCUGGUCAAAGUCCUCCGGCGAAUUUGAGUGCAAUGCCACGCUGGAGGGGCACGAGAACGAGGUGAAGAGCGUCAGCUGGUCGCGAUCCGGUGGGCUGCUGGCCACUUGCUCCCGGGACAAGUCUGUCUGGAUUUGGGAAGUGGCUGGCGAUGAUGAAUUUGAGUGCGCAGCCGUGCUGAAUCCUCACACACAGGACGUGAAGCGUGUGGUGUGGCACCCGACGAAGGACAUUCUGGCAUCCGCCUCCUAUGAUAAUACCAUCAAAAUGUUUGCCGAGAGCCAGUUGGACAGCGACUGGGACUGCACAGCCACACUCUCCUCCCACACGAGCACAGUGUGGAGCAUUGACUUUGACGCCGAGGGCGACCGGCUGGUCUCCUGCAGCGAUGACACCACACUCAAGAUCUGGAGAGCCUACCAUCCGGGCAAUGAUGCUGGGAUAGCCACGCCAGAUAAGCAAACCGUCUGGAAGUGUGUCUGCACAUUGUCUGGCCAGCAUUCGAGAGCCAUCUAUGAUGUGUCCUGGUGCAAGCUGACGGGCCUGAUAGCCACCGGCUGUGGUGACGACGGCGUUCGGAUAUUCAAGGAGACCAGCGACUCGAAACGCGAUGAACCAACAUUCGAACAGCUCACCGCUGAGGAGAGUGCCCACGAUCAGGACGUCAACUCGGUGGAGUGGAACCCCGCUGUGGCCGGACAAUUGAUCACCUGCAGCGAUGACGGCACCAUCAAGAUAUGGAAGGUGUCCGACUAGCACUCUGAUCAAUGUGUUCGUUCUAGUUUAUAAGUGUUU